UCAAAUUUUGGCACCCUUCCCUUGGGGUGCUAGACUAAAAUGGUAAAGUACAGUCAGCUCCACCCACGACAGUCAGCUGAUUGGGCGACAGAAAAAUAUCACUCCCUUGUGAUUGGUGUAAAUAGUCUAAGGAGUCUGUUCUCAUCUCAAAACUUAACAUCUUUUUGAGACGAGGUGAUGUCGUGAAUCACUUUAAUAUCGUUAAACUCAUCAUGCACAGUCUGAGGUCAACGUCAAAAAAAGCUGUACUCUGGAGCUGCAACUGCAAUAUGGGCUGCCUUCUUACUUUGUUGAUAUAAGAAGGUAUUUUAAUAGAAACAUUUCAUACACACAGUACAUUCAUGGCAGAUAACAGCUCCAUGGCCGGUGGUGGGACUUUGCAGCAUUUCGGUGAACGUUUUUACAUCGUGCAGUUGCUGGUGUUGAUUUUUCUGUGCAUCAACUUGUUGCUCAUUAUGACCCUUUUCUCAAAGGUCUACUUCUACACAACCAUGCGAUACAUCUUAUUCACUGUGACUCUAUUGUCUGAUACCUUCAUUUUAUUCAUUACCGAUGUUAUGUUUAUCUUUAGCUACUCUCAGGUCAAGAUGCCUAUCGCCCUGUGUGUUCCAGUCUAUAUUGUUGUGAUUGUGUACACUUUUGUCACACCUUUGACUCUCACAGCCAUGACGCUGGAGUGCUAUGUGGCCAUUUGCAUGCCCUUGCGCUACGGAGAGCUGUGCACGUCGCGGAGAGCUCUGCACUGCAUCCUCAUCAUUCACGGCCUCAGCUUUGUACCAAUCACUUUUGUCCUCUCCAUCUUCUUUGCAUCAGCUCCCACAAGCUUGUACUCCGAGCACAGGAUAUGCUCCAUGGACAUAUUUGUGUAUCUCCGAUGGCAGGACAACGCUAAAAUGGCUGUGUAUCAGUUGUACUUUUUCGUCAUGUCUGCCACCAUCAUCUUCUCCUACAUUAAGAUCAUGAAAGCGGCCAAUGCGGCGUCAGGAGAGAAUAAAAAGUCGUCGAGGAGAGCGCUCGGAAGAGUGACUCUUCAUGGCUUUCACCUCCUUUUCUGUCUCAUUCUACUGUGGUGUCCGUUCAUGGAGACUGCUGCGCUUCAGACUGAUUUAAAGCUUUUUUUAAAUGUCAGGUACUUCAAUUACAUAGUGUUUAAUCUCACUCCAAGAUGCCUGAGUCCUCUCAUUUACGGCCUCAGGGAUGAAAAGGUUUUUCUUGCACUGAAACAAAAUGCACCUUUUCAGUUCAACUUUGGACAAAACAGUGUACAGAUCAAGAAAAUCUGAAGAAGGACUGUUACUAUGAGUUUGUUUUCAAUUAAUCAA